AGCAAUACAGGGCCCAGUUUUAGGGCAUUCUUUGGAUCUUGAGCGACAGAGAUCGGGCCGUCGUCUUCGUUCGGCUCCUCUUCCACAUUUCCGCCGCUGCUAUGACGCCGAUUAAGAUGUUAUCAUUCAUUAGGGACAUCCUAUGGCAUCUUAGAGACCAGAAACUUAUGGUAUUUGGUCUUAUCUUCACAGUUUCAUCACUUAUCAAGGUGGACAGUUAUAAUAAGAUUUCUGACCAUGUUGGAAAAAGCAGUCAGAGACUUGUUGGCUGUUGGCCAGUCUCUGAAGCAUAUCUUACUAGUUCAUACUUUGCACAACAGAAAAGCCUGUUUGAUUCAGAUUGUCAUGAUUAUCUAGCUGGAGAGUUUAGUUCCGGUGACUUCUGUAAAGGGAUGGCUAGUGAAAUUAGCUUGCUUCAACUUUCAGAUCUCCAGCGACGACUUCAUGGUGAAGGAUCUCAUCGUCACUUAAUAUCCACCUUGAAAUUCAUGAACAGAUCAUACAUUAGGUCUUUGCUUGACUCUCACGACUGCAAAGCAGUAAUAAUCGAGAGACUUCCAAUCGGUAUUUUUGCUGAUUUAUUUGAGCUACAGCAUCUUGUCCACCGCAAAGUUUUUUUGGACGCUGCUGUUUUCGGAGACACAAAUUUGGAAUUGCCCUCUGCACUCUCCAACAGAUCAAUUGUUGAGGUUCACAUGAACAUUGGCCAUGAGAAUCCUUUGAGGGGCUAUGAAACUGUACUGGAACUUCCUCUGCAUGCUAGAUACCCGAGGAUGAUCAUCAAGCUGGAAGGAGUGUCAUCAGAAGCUGCUAUUGUUUCAACAGUCUAUGAGAUUGUUGAUUAUUGUGCCAGCUAAAUUAUCAUUUCAUUUUUCUUUUCAGAUGAGGUAGUUCCAGUAUAUGUCUCCUGUAUUUGCUUUAAGCAUCUCGGCAGCUGUAGAUUUGAAUGCCUGACUACUAAUGAAAUGGUUGCAAUAGAUUACUAGCAAACACCAGGAAAAUUAGGAGCUGACUAAGCAAGCUUUUUACUUUCUCUGGACUGGCUGAAAAAAGCUACCUUAGCAGAAACUUAGAAGUAAAUUUUGACAUGUCAAGCAUGUAUGUCAUUUAAGGUACCUCUUCCAUAUUCUACUUCCACAUCUUUCAUUGAAGACUUAUAUCAACUCUUGAACUUCCACCAGCUUCCCAGUAUCAUGUUCUCAUGCUUCCUGAAUACUUUUGGAUGAUCUGUUACAAUGUUUCUCCUUUCCGUGAAGUCAGGUCUAUCAGCAUUCUACAAUAACACAAUACCUUUGCACAGAGGUGAUAAAUAUCCUAAAAGAAGCAUGAACUUACUGUAAUCUGGGCUUGGAAUCAAGCUUAUUUCCUUUUGUAAAUGCCUUUUAUGUUGCAUUUGUUUGCUUUUCAAACUCUCUUCCAAUUACCAAACUCAAUUAGGAUUCCUGAAACAUGUCAUUUC